UGACGUCAUUCGCAUGAAACGGUUCGUGGGUAGAGUCGUAAGCGGGCGGCGUUGUUAUAGCAUCUGCCAUUUUGAUCAGAAGUACUUCCUUAAAUAUCGUGGUGCUUUAGAUUAAGACUACAAUCUUGUGGGCAAAAUGCUUUCAGCAGCCCAGUUACUCGAUGAGUUGAUGGGCCGUGAUCGAAAUCUGGCCCCGGAUGAGAAGCGAUGCAACGUGCGAUGGGACGACGAGACUAAAGUAUGUCGAUACUAUCUGUGUGGCUUCUGCCCAGCUGAGCUGUUCACAAACACCCGCUCAGACUUGGGGCCUUGCGAGAAAAUCCAUGAUGAAAACCUUAGAAUAACGUACGAGAAGAGCUCUCGGUUCAUGAAGGAGGGCUAUGAGCGAGACUUCCUGCGCUAUUUGCAGUCGCUCCUGGCCGAGGUGGAGCGGCGGAUCCGCAGAGGACAUGCCCGGCUCGCCCUCUCGCAGGCCCAGCAGAGCGCAGGGGGUCCGGGCCCAUCGGGAAAGAAUGAAGAGAAGGGCCAGGUUCUGACGGAGAAGAUUGAAGACCUGGUUUUACAGAUUGAGGAGCUGGGCUCGGAGGGCAGAGUGGAGGAGGCCCAGGGAAUGAUGAAGCUAGUGGAGCAGCUGAAGGAGGAGCGAGAGCUGCUCGGCUCCAACCCCUCGACCAUCGAGAGCUUUGCGGCCCAGGAGAAGCAGAUGGAGGUGUGCGAGGUGUGUGGGGCCUUUCUCAUUGUGGGUGACGCACAGUCUCGAGUGGAUGACCACUUGAUGGGCAAACAACAUAUGGGCUACGCCAAGAUCAAGUCCACCGUGGAGGAGCUCAAGGAGAAACUUCGUCGUCGCUCAGAGGAACCCGCAGAAAGUCCAGCGCUUAAGAAGGACCGAGAGGACCGUGAGCGCGAACGAGAAGAGAGGGAGAAGAAGCGCAAGGAGGAGGAAGAGAAGGAGAAAGAGCGGGAGAAGGAGCGCGAAAAGGAGAAGGAGCGAGAGAAAGAGCGCGAACGGGAGCGGGACAGAGAGCGAGACCGUGACCGGGAGAGGGACAGGGACAGAGACCGGGAGAGGGACCGGAGGGCCCGCCGAAGCAACUCCAACAGCCGCCAUUCCAGCAGAGUGUCGGACAGGAAAAGGAGCCGAUCCCGAGAUCGCCGGAGGUCCAGGAGCCGAGACAAGGAGAGGGAGAGGGAACGCAAACGCAGCAGGAGUCGAGACAGGGAGCGCGAGCGGGAGAAGAGGCGCAGCAGCCGCGAGCGCGUUGACAGAAAGCGCCGCUCCCGCAGCCGCGAGCGCAAGAGGUCACGUAGCCCCGAGCGCAAAUCUCACCGCCAUCGCAGCCGCAGCCGGGACCGGGAGGAGAAGAGAGACCGGGACAGGGAGCGGUCAUCGAAAGACAAAGACCGUAAGGGACGGAGGAGAGGAGCAGCUCCAAGAAAGACAAGCACUCUGACGGCGAUGCGGCGGCCAUCAAGGCUUCGUCAGGAGCCGAGGUGGUGGAGAAAGGGGCGGCUGCCCCCGCCUCCCCUCGGCUUAACGGCCAGCAAGAGCUCCUCCAUUCUGAAGGUGACACUCAGUCCAAUUAAAACUGAUCUGAUAGGACCUCAGAUCAGGCUCAGGGGAAGCUGGGAUAUCUGGCGGAGGAAGAAGUGGAAGAGCGCAGCCGCCCUCGUCCUGAUUCUGACACGUCGCUGCUUAAAAACAAGGUGAACCACAGACGUGUAGUGGCUUAUUUAAGAAAAAAAAAACAACAAACAAAAAAACAUGAGCGUACAUGUAAAUUGAGGAGAGGGGGAAGAAAAUGCAUCUGUCUGAUGCUCCAUCAGCGGUCCGGAGGAGGGUAGUUGUGGUUCAUCUGAUGUAUUACUUGGUCUAGAUGUCAACCAGGCCUCACUUUGAAUACCAAACUUAGAGAAGUUCAUUUUUGGUUUUUGUGUUCUUAUUUUGAAAAUCUUUACACAUCCUCCUUGUUUCUUGACAUUUAGUGCAAACCAAAUAAUAAUAAAAUGAAAAGGAAACGAUGCUUGUGGUUUGUUUUGGUUUGUCAGGUGCCACUUCGCUCCCUGACCCAUUUUUUCUAAGUCGGUUGAAAGCGUAAUGUACGAUGGUCGUCUCUUAUCUCCUCACUCAGAGCUCACAUUGAUCGCUCUUGUCCCUUCACUGUAAAAAAUACUGAUUUCAUUUUGAUCAAAAGAUUUCAAAGAAUGGAGAUUCGUUGAAUUUUGCUCUGCUUUUAAAUGUCCAUGUUGUCUCGAUGAAUAAAAAAA